GCCUGUUGCGUUCCCACCAGCACACUGUUGUUACCUGUAAGGUUGCCGUAACGGUGAUUGACCGCAUGGAGCGCAGGCAAAACAACGGUGGACCGCAAGUCAUAGUCCACCCUCAUUUCGUGAAAACCGGCAUCAUUCUCUUUAUGAUUUUUGGGAUCAGCCUCCCAAAUCAAAAUGUUUGUUACACCCACUUUUGGAAUGUUGUGUUGUAUGUUACCCGAAGCAAGAUCAUUCCAGGAAUCCACAACUUGACUGACAGUCUGCGCUUUGAGCGAGAGAAAGAAAAAGAGGGAGUAAUUUCGCUACAGAGAGGGAGAAAGAAUUUCGCGCUCUGACGCAAACUCACUGGCAUGAAGAAGGCCGAGAUCGACAUCACAUUACCGAGCAUGCCCACGGAUGAAGAGAUUUCGGAUGAUGUGGAGAGCGCUACCACAGAGGACGCCGUGUUUGCCGAGCUGGCCGAGCGGCUGGCGGCGGCCGGCGGCGAGCAGCAACCUGGCUCUGAGGCGCUCUUCCUGCAGGCGCACCGGCUGGUCAACACCAGCCACAAGCUGCGUCACGGCUCGCGCCACGUGCGCCGCCAGAUGGAGCUGCUGCUGCGCGAGCGGGCCCGGCUGGCGCUGCUGGUCAGCGAAGCCGGUGGACACCUGACCGCAGAGCGGGCGGCCGGCAGCGACAGCGGCGCGCCAAGCGGCGAGGGCGGCCACGGCGUCACGGGACAGGGGACCCAGGCUGCCGCCGCCGGCCUUGGCGCCGAGAACUGACGCGGGGUAGACCAACAGGAAGCCGAUCGUGUGGCUGGCUGGCUGUGUUCCAGGCGCUGAGAAGCGAGGGCGGCCUUUUGACCAGGGGGCGGGUGACCGACGCUCCUACCAUGGAAGGUGGCGCCCGCAGAAGAGGUGCUUGUUAAGGGCCUGGGAGCAGGCAGCCGGGAAGGCUCGAGCUCUAGUGAUCGGGGUUCCCCGGCUCGCCUUGAUCACUAACGGCGCCGGGCACUCUUGUUGUGCGGUGAAGUGUGUGAUCCAUUGGGGCUCUUUUUGAUGAGUUCAUCGUACAAUAGUUGUUUUGCUGCAUAUGCACGCGUGUUGACCAAAACAGUCGGACGUUCGAAUAGCCACGUUCGUUUUUGGAGGCAUUCGCCGGAACCCAUUCGUAAAGCCUCCACAUGAAACGUGUGGAGGCUCUGUGCGCCAGUGCCUCACGCGAACUCGUACUCGGCUGUCCGUCGACAUAUUCAUGGUGGCCUUGCAGCAGAGGCUCUUGAAAAUACAACAUUACGUUCGAUCUA